GGGUUGUAAAUAUCUUGGUUCGACGACUUUUAUUCGUCUUGGCGGUUCGCAGUCAUGAAGGCCACCACCUUCGGAUGGAAGCGUAAAGCGAGCGGCAAGGUCGCGACUGACCUCUCGGCCGCCUUUGAAGGUAAUUGCGCGGACGAUAACGCCGAUCCUCCGGACGGCGUCGACUGGCUAAGCGGCUACAAGCGCCGCAGGAACCUUCUACUCGAAGACUGCGCGCAGAAGAGCCGGCGCCUCCGACAAGAAGGGACGACGUUGGCAGAACUCGACAGAAACUGGGAAGCGCUUAAGAAGUUCGACGAAGCGCUGCAGCUCACUCCUGGUGAUGUCACAAUUCACGAAAUGAGAGCUCAGGUUCUGAUGCUGCUGCGGGAAGACUUUGCGGCAGUCCAGGAGGCGGAGCAGGUUGUCAAGCUCGAUCCCUCGUGGUGGGUUGCGCACCAAACCCUUGGACGAGCACAGCUCCAGCUGGGCGAGAUUCAAAUGGCACUUCGGAGUUUCUGCUCUGCGGUUCACCUUAAUCCCGCGGACGAAGAGCUCCGCACAGAAGACCUCCUGUACACGCUGCAGCUUUUGAAAAAGAAGCAGGUCGCAGAAGAAAGCGCAAAGGAGACUCCAGUCUGCUUUGAUGAAGAUGGCAAUGUCGUUGAGGUGCAGGACACCGAAGCUAUGACACCAGAACUCAUUCGCUGCCGUGAGAUAAGGUGACACGAGGCUUUGGGUCCAGACUGUGCUGGGCCUGCGCAGUGAGAGACUGCAAAAACGUGCGGUGCCCUCUUUGUGAAGGCGUUGCACCGAAGCGACUGAAAAAAGCAAGUUGCCAGGCUCGUGCUGUUGGCUUGAAGCUGCAACUUGAUGCGUUGUGGACUUUGCAAAAAAAAAAAACAUCGCCUGUUUGUGCUCGUGGCUGUGGGGUACUGAUUUACCAUGCAAGAACUGUUAUUCUGCAACAUUGUUUAAAAGAAGAUGCAUUGGUGGUGGAUUUUAAAUGUUUAAGACAAUAAAGCCCCUCU